AUGUUGUAUUUGGUUCUCCCUGCUGUUGUCCAAACCCGGAUACCUACUCUCCCCUCCAUCAGACGGUCUAUCAGUGACCUCCGUGGCCGUUCGAUACAUAUCAAGAGUCUCAGCAUAAGCACUGAGGUCUCCGCCCCGGAGUCUCCUCCUCCAAGGUAUUCGUCAAGAGCUGGCCGGGAAACACCAAAUCGAGACUCGAUUGUGUCAUCCGAUACUGAGGAAAUCGACUUUCGAGAUGACGUCUCCGAGCGUCCUGAAUCGUUGAGCUUUAUACCUCCUCCCUUCCCUCUUUCAGAAACGGAGACUGGCAUAAACUGGAAGUACUCUAAUCAAGGAAUCAGCCUCUUGACUCAAGCAUACCAAGAGUCCAACGCCCUCGCUCGUGGUGCUGCUGAUGCGUCAGCCGUCCUUGCCCGCCAGCUCUACCUCCAUGGCAUGACAUACCUUCUGCGAGGAAUCCCAGCGGACUUGACGCCGGAGGAAACCCUCAGCCUACAGGCCGCCAUUCCCGUUGGCAUCCUUGACCUGCAGAACGACCCUAACGCCCACGCCUUGAUACCUUUCCCACAACAAGGUUCAGUGUCUCAAGAAGGCCCUGUCCAAAACCCGUCACUACUCCACCGCCUCACCGCCUCGAUCGUCUUCCAAACCUUCGUCCUAAUCCAAUUCCUCCUGCCCUACAUCAGGCUCUUCAUUGGGCACGCAUAUCGAUGGGAGAGGGAGAACAAGGUCACGCAGCGUCUCUUUAGUAAGAGCAUCACGACGGUAGAUGAGUUGGGGCGAAGGAGCUUGCAGCUGUCGCAGACAGUGUGCCGGAUGAAUGACGGCAAAGUCGGACAGGCUAUUAAUGACUUGACGAUUUGGUGGGUUCGAGGACUAACCGGGGGUAUUCAACAAGGUCUAUCAGAAGGUGUCGUCAUCCUUGGUCCGGAGAGGAAUCAGACUUCGAAAGGUCGGGUGGAGAGGAUUGAUUGA